AUGAUGACGUUACUUGUUUUUACUGGUAUAUUAUUAUCCACGGCUUUGUUUCAUAAAGCGAACCUCGCCGAGAAUGAGAAGACACCUUUUGAUUACGUGAAUGAGCGCUUGGACGAGAUCGGCGAGGAAGCAAGAUCUGGAUUGCCGCUCUCUAGCCAAUACGAAGUAGAAGAAAGUGAAGAUUAUCCGGAACAAAUCGAAGGAGCAGCGUCUACUGUGCUUAAUACCGUUGGUGGUGUAGGCGGGUACGGCGUCGGUGGACUUGGGUUAGGUCAGGGGUUGGGGAUCGGUGGGCUCGGGGGCAUCGGACUGGGGCAAGGAAUCGGGCUCGGGUUAGGCGGGCUUGGCAGCGUAGGUGUAGGAGGUGUGGGUGUUGGUGGUGUGGGUGUUGGUGGUGGUGUGGGCGUCGGAAACGGCGUCGGCCUCAUCAACCAAGGCAUCGGCGGCUUGGGGGUCGGCGGCCUGGGACUUGGAGGAGGCCUACUCUACCACCCAAUCUUAGGAGCUCAAGUCGGCGGCGGAUUCAUCGACAAGAAGGCUUAUGAAGAAGCUCAGAAGAAAGGCGCUGAUCAGAACUUGGAGAAAUUAGAGAAAAAAGUUGAGGAAGAGGAGAAGCAUGGUCAGGAGGGGUUCCAGCAAGCAGCCGCUGCUGCUAAGGCUGAGAAAGGAGAUUCUAGCUACUACAAAGAUGAAGAAGCUAAGAAGAAAGCCGCUGGUGACGAGAAAUUCUACGAAGGCGGACAGAAGUUCGAUAAACAUGGUGCCAACGAGGAAUCCCUAAAGAAAGCCAAGAGCCACAAAAAGGGGCACACUAGCAAGGGUUUCAAGACCUCCAGCGUCAAGAACGAGGAAGAGAAGACUGAAAGCUUCUACGAUGAGGCUCAUGAUGAAGCAGACCAUAAGGUAGCAGGGCAAAAUGCUGGAACCUUUGGUGAGAACGCUCAUCAAGGGUUUAAGGGUGCUCACGAGGAGAAGAUCUUGGAUGCCAACGCAGCGGGCAAGGAAGGACAUCAUCAUUCCGAACAGAAGAUUGAUGACGCUAAAGGGAACAAGGGCGAAUUCCUGCAGAAGGGUUACAAAGGUGGGGCCGAGCAGUUGGAGAAGUUCAACAACCUGGGCGCUCACUCCAUCCACGGACACCAGGAGGCCAGCGGUGGCUACCAGCAGAACAAGGGCAUCCUGCCCAUCCACCGCCGCUAA